AUGCGGGAAGACCCCGAGGAUCCCUGGGAGGAUGGAUACCUCCGCGGGGAUCCCAGGAGCCGGCGCUCGUCGGGCGGAUCCUCGUCGUCGCCCGCCGACGGCGGCAUCUCCGUCAAGACCCUGACCCCGUACCUCACGAGCUCCACCGCGCGGACCCUGAACGGUCUCGCGGCUCUCCUGGUGGUGGCGGGGCUGAUCUUGGUGGCGCAGGUGAGCGCCCCGCAGAUCGGGUGGGCGGGCGGGCGGGUCGGAUCGCGGGGGGUGGCGGUGCUCGACAUCGGCGCGGACACGGGCGCGACCGGCGCGGCGUCGCGGGCAUCGUCGAUCAAAAACAACGACGAGGGCUCCACCAAAGGCCCAUCAGGACGGACGUGGACGUUCAAAGAGAAAACGGGAGAUGGCCUGAACGUCCCCGAGCGCCCGAAGAAGAACAACACCCUGUCGCUCAAGACCAGCGGGGCGCACGACACGUGGGGACGCAAGUUCUACGCCGACGACUCCCCGUCCAACCUCCUCGCGUCCCUCGCGUCCCUCACGGACGCGACGGCCGGGAAGGAGUGGUCGCAGAUCCCGUCGGUGCGCAGGCAACUGCGCGCAUUCGCCGCAGUCUGCGGCGACGACAUGGUCACCGCACAGGGACGCGGACGGCGCACGUUCAUCAAGGCUCUGGCGGAGUACACACAGCUGUACGAGGAGCUCUGGCGGGAUACCGGCGGGAACGGCACAGCUGUGCAUCGGCCGCGGGUGCUCAUCGUCAGAGACGCGCUCGCGCGACGGGGGCGAGGAUUGGGGGACCAGCAGGCGCACCUCGCGCGUUGGCUCAUGUUCGGCAUGGCGACGCGACGCGCGGUGUUCUUUCAGCACUGCGCGGAGGAUGACGAGCCGUGGGAGGAGCUCUACCCGAGCGGCGCGCUCAAUCCGCCGCCGCCGAGAUGCGACGAGACGACGGACGACGGGUAUUUCAACCUCGGCGAUUAUUUCCGACUGAUGGGCGGCAUCGACGCGCGGUGGAACGCGGCGACGGCGGCGAAACUGCGCGAGUUGGACGUCGCCGGGACGCACGCGAACCUGACGGUGGUGGGGUCGUGUAACGACCGUACGGGCCACGUGGCGCACGGCGAUUCGCCCGACGCGCGCGUCGGCGGCUUCCCGAACCCGACGACGACGCGAAUGUUCACGUGCGACUGCUGCGAGUCGUGCGACGCGGUUAACGAGCGUUCCGCGAGCGCGACGGGUCGAUACGUGGACAGGUUCAAGAAGUUCUGGGCGGACGAGCACGAGGCGCAUUCGGUCAUCGCGUUCGAGUACCGCAGCCAGUGCGGGGUUCCCCGCGUGAUUGGGUUUCGUGACGACCCGGCUCUGAGCUGGUACUCGCGCGACUUGCCGCGAAUACUGGCGCACGUCGCGGAUGCAAACGGGGAAGACUCGUUGGUGCCAUCGGACUGGGCCGCGGACGUCCUCGACGGCGAGGGGGGCGCCGGCGUGUCGGGUGGUUCGAACGCACCGCCUGCCACGACGCCGCUCGAGUUUCGAUCCAUCGGCGUGGAUCGGUCCCGGUGGGAGCACUGCGCGAGGUUCGCGAUGACGCAGCCGUCGCCGGCUGCGCAAACCGCCGCGACGUCCGCGCUGAGACGACUCACCGCGAUGGGCGAGCACCGUCCGCUCGUGGGGUUUUACGCGUUGAUGAACGCGGCGGCGGUGUCGGGGUCCGGGGGGGCGUCAAAUGGGGCGUCAAAGGGGGCGUCAAAGGGGGCGUCAAAGGGGGCGUCGGAUGCGGAUUGCGAGUUGCGCUUGGCGGAUACGGAUUCUUUGUCUUGGGUCUCCGUCGACGAUGAGUUCGCGAAGAGGGCACAGCUGGCGCCGGGUUUGAAGGGCCCCCCUUCGUGCGGGUUCGCGCCGUACAACUGCGACGACAAGCCUCUGUACUGGACGGCGCUGUACGGUCAGCUCUCGGGGUACCUGGACUGCGCGAGACGGGCGCCGUCGCUGGGUCUUCCCCUGGUUUCCAUCGCGAGCGCCGGCGAGUACACGAGUUCACGAACAGAGUCCGGCGACGUGGACGUGCACGCCCCCGCGAGGGUGUACGCGGCGACCGACUCCGCGCUCGUCCACGCGCUUCUCGCCGAGGAAGGAGACGAGGGAGGAGGAGGGGGCGAUUUGGUGGUGUUCGGGAACGUCUCGUCGGGAACGUCGGACGGGGCGAAGGAGGGGACAGAUGCGAAUUUGAAGGCGGCGGUGGAUUUUUACGUCCUCUCGCUCGCGGACGUCAUCGUCGCGCCGGCGCGCGGCUCCUUCGUCGACGGCGCCGCCCGACGGGGUUUUCCGUUCAAGGCGGUGUUGGGCGGGCCGCGCGACGCGUGCGUCCUGCUCCGCGCGCUGGCGAGGGAGGAACCGGCCGGGGGGGCGGAACCGGUGGGGGCGGAUGAUAAAGUUGCUCCGGGCUCCCAUUACAGCCAUACGUUUACGGGCCCGGCGGAUGCGUUGCGCGGGUUGGAGGCGUGCUUCAGGGGGAUGCGCGCGUUGGGUUUGAACCCGCACGUCCCGAACGACGCGCGUGAGACGAUGGACCGACUCGCUUCAAGCGUCGAGAGUAACCCCGAGUAA